GCACAGUUCACGUACGUUCGAUGUUUGGCCAAGCCAUACAACUUUUUCAUGACACUCACGAACUUCGUCCUACAAACAGCAAACACACACCGCUGAAAGUCUGCCUGCCCACGCUUUAUUUUGCCUUUACCUGUUCUACUCGAACCUGAAAAAAAGUAACUAAAGGUCCACCAUGGCUCAAGUUAUCAGCGGUAAAGAGGUGUCCGCGCAGGUAAGAGAGAGCCUGAAGAAGGAGGUGGAGUCUAUGAAGGCCAAUAACCCCGACUUCAAACCGGGGCUCGUCGUCCUACAGGUUGGGGAUCGUGACGACUCUAAUCUGUACAUAAGCAUGAAGCUGAAAGCUGCUGCUGAGAUUGGAAUAAAUGCCACGCACCUGAGGCUUCCCAAAACUGCUACAGAGGAAGAGGUUUUGCACAGUGUCAGAGAGGUGAAUGAGAACUCCAGCAUCCACGGGCUAAUAGUACAGCUGCCGAUGGACUCAAUCAACAAAAUCGACACUGAGAAAGUGACCAAUGCAGUGGCUCCUGAGAAAGAUGUGGAUGGAUUAACCAGCAUAAAUGCUGGGAAGCUUUCUCGAGGAGACCUGGGGGACUGUUUCCUGCCCUGUACCCCCAAUGGCUGCAUGGAGUUGAUCAGAAAUACAGGUGUGUCUGUGGCCGGAAAGCGGGCAGUGGUAGUGGGGCGGAGUAAGAUCGUGGGCGCCCCUAUGCACGACCUCCUGCUGUGGAACCAUGCCACAGUGACCACCUGCCACUCCAAGACUGCCGAUCUGGCUGCAGAAAUUGGCAAGGCAGACAUCCUGGUGACCGGCAUUGGAAAAGCCCAGAUCGUGAAAGGGGAGUGGAUCAAGGAGGGAGCCGUGGUAAUCGACUGUGGCAUCAACCACAUUCCAGACAGCAGUAAGCCAAGUGGGAAGCGUGUGGUGGGGGAUGUUGACUAUGAGUCAGCUAAGCAGCGAGCAUCCUUCAUCACACCAGUGCCGGGCGGCGUUGGCCCCAUGACGGUCGCUAUGCUGAUGAAGAACACAGUGCUGAGUGCCAGGCGAUUCCUUGAUACCCAUAAACCAGGCCAAUGGAACAUCUCCUACACCGCGCUACACCUGCAGAAACCAGUGCCCAGUGACAUUGUGAUCUCGCGGUCCUGCAUUCCCAAGCCCAUAGACCGGCUGGCCAAUGAGAUCGGCCUGCUGUGGGAGGAGGUGGAGCUGUAUGGGAAGACCAAGGCCAAGGUCCAGCUGGAGACCAUCGAGCGCCUCAAGGCCCAGCCCGACGGGAAAUACGUGGUGGUCACCGGGAUCACUCCAACCCCCCUGGGUGAGGGCAAGAGCACCACCACCAUUGGCCUGGUGCAGGCUCUGGGUGCCCAUCUCAAGCUCAAUGUGUUUGCCUGCGUCAGACAGCCUUCCCAGGGUCCAACCUUUGGCAUUAAAGGUGGUGCGGCAGGAGGUGGAUACUCGCAGGUCAUUCCAAUGGAGGAGUUUAACCUGCAUCUGACGGGUGACAUCCAUGCCAUCACGGCCGCCAACAACCUGGUGGCAGCUGCCAUUGAGGCCCGCAUGUUCCAUGAGGCCACACAGACCGACAAGGCUCUGUAUAACCGGCUGGUUCCACUGAGUGGUGGUCAGAGGAAAUUUUCCCCCAUCCAGAUCAACAGACUGAAGAAACUUGGCAUUGAGAAGACUGAUCCCACUGCUUUAACUGAAGAGGAGAUCACCAGAUUUGCUCGGCUUGACAUUGACCCCGAAACCAUAACUUGGCAAAGAGUCUUGGACACCAACGACCGUUUCCUGAGGAAGAUCACCGUUGGAGAGUCGGCAACAGAGAAAGGACACACCAGAUCAUGUCAGUUUGACAUCACGGUGGCCAGUGAGAUCAUGGCUGUGCUGGCCCUGACCAGCAGCAUGGAGGACAUGCGCCAGCGCCUGGCCAAAAUGGUGGUCGCCUCCAGCCGCGGUGGAGUCCCAGUCACCACAGAGGACCUGGGUGUCAGUGGAGCUCUGACUGUCCUGAUGAGGGAUGCCAUUAAGCCCAAUCUCAUGCAGACGCUGGAGGGAACCCCAGUGUUUGUGCAUGCUGGCCCCUUCGCCAACAUCGCCCACGGAAACUCCUCCAUCUUGGCGGAUAAAAUAGCCCUGAAGCUAGUGGGACCAGAGGGGUUUGUGGUGACUGAGGCAGGCUUCGGCGCUGACAUCGGCAUGGAGAAGUUCUUCAACAUCAAAUGCCGUCACUCAGGGUUGCGACCCAAUGUGGUGGUUCUGGUGGCUACAGUGCGGGCCCUGAAGAUGCACGGAGGAGGUCCCACGGUGACUGCAGGCGUACCUCUGCCAAAGGAGUACUUGGAGGAGAACCUGGAGCUCCUGGAGAAGGGAUGCAGUAACAUGCAGAAGCAGGUGGAGAACGCCAGGCAUUUCGGAGUUCCUGUUAUUGUGGGUGUAAACGCCUUCAAGACUGACACAGACGCUGAACUGGACAUGGUGUGUAAACUGGCCAAGGAGGCUGGUGCCUUUGAUGCUGUGAUUUGCACUCACUGGGCAGAGGGGGGCACUGGUGCAAUGGCCCUCGGAGAAUCUGUCAGGAAAGCAUCAGAAGCACCAAGCAACUUCAGGUUCCUGUACGAUACAGAGCUGCCCAUUGCUGACAAGAUCAGAAUCAUUGCUCAGAAGAUCUACGGCGCGGAUGACAUCGAGUUGCUUCCUGAAGCACAGCAGAAAGUGGAGCGCUAUACCCGACAGGGAUUUGCCAAUUUGCCCAUCUGCAUGGCCAAGACCCACCUGUCCCUGUCACAUGACCCCGAGAAGAAGGGAGUACCCAAAGGAUUCACUCUGCCAAUCCGAGACAUCCGCGCCAGUGUAGGGGCGGGAUUUCUGUACCCAUUGGUUGGCUCGAUGCCAACGAUGCCGGGGUUGCCAACCCGCCCCUGCUUCUAUGAUAUUGACCUGGACCCAGUUACUGGGGAGGUGAAGGGACUCUUUUGAGACAUCUUCCAUUUCAUGCUCUCUGCUCUCCAGGUGACUCGUUUGGACUGCCCUCUCUAUGCCCUUAUGAAUUGGUCUCAGUGAAAUGGGAAACACUCACCUACAGCUCAGCCAUUAGCCUAUAUCUAAAAUGUGCAGAAAUGUCUUAUUCUGUCUCUCUCACCUCAAUGUACACUAAUACUGACAUAAAUAUGCACUAACUUUAAGCCACAUUUCCCUCCGCAAUAGACAGCACUGUUGGUAGAGCUACAGCUUUUUUUGUUUUGUUUCUGUCCGCAGCUUUCUGCUCCCCAGGUGACUCGUUUGGACUGCCCUCUCCAUGCCCUUAUGACUUAUUGGUCUCAGCAAAAUGUGAAAUGAAACGAUCUCAUCUCAGCCAUUUUAUCUAAUAUGUGUAUCAAUGUCUCUUCUGCUGUCUCUUUAUCUCUAGUACACUCAUACUGACAUAAACGUGCACUAACUUUAAGCGAAAUUUCCCUCCGCAAUAGACGUGUUGACAGAACUGUUGGUAGAGUUUGUGUGCAACAGGGACCAGACAUUGUGUUCAAUGUUACCAUAUGAAUUUGUGGGUUUUAUUUCUUCUUUUUUGACAACCAGUGGAACAUCAUAUGUUUUGACAUGCUGUACACGUCUUUUGACGCACAGAAAUGAAUGUCUGAAGUACCCAUAAAAGUUGUAUAUUUGAACAAAGUUGUAGCCACAUUUGUACUAAUCCUAAAUGCAUUUCACUGUGUUGUGUGUUUUGUUUGUUUAAUUGUGAUGUGAAUAAUGCUCUUCAUACAUUAAGGCUGAUGUACACUUUUGGUAUUGUUGGAAAACAAAAAAAUAAUAAUAAAAAAAACUGCUGGUUUGCAGUUUCAACUCUCCUUACUGGAAUGAA